AUGGCAUCUGAGUUAAUAUGGUCAUAUAUUAUUUCUGAAGAAAAUCCUUCUGUUGAAGGAUUUUUAAAAUGGGCUCAAAAUCAGACUGAUAAUAUGUUUAGGUUAAAGUAUGAACAAACUUUUAUUUAUUUGCAAGCAAUUAUUAACUUUCAUACUGGUGUUCGUUUUAAUAGGCCUUUACUAAAGUUUGCAGCUAGGCGAAUGUUUGCACCUAUUUGGUCUGCUCGACAGCAUCCAAUCUAUCGAUUAAUCAAAAUUGCUGAUGAAGAACAAAUGCUACGAUUAAGACCUGAAAUUCGAAAUUUAAUUCAAGAAAGGGUUGUUACUUCACGAUCCAAACUUUUAAACCAACAUCAAGGCCAUGAUGCAAUACUUGAAGAAAUUAACAAAUCAUUGAAAUCAUUAAUUCCUCCAAUACCUUCACAAUGGUAUUGGGAAAUUGUAGCAUAUAAUUGUACUAAUUUUUCAAAAUUGUGUACUAACAUUUUUAAUAUAAUAGAAUACUCCGAAAGUGAAGCCAAUGGGCCUCGUACAUAUUCCAGUUUUACUACUAAAUCACGUCGAUUCUGGGUUCAGAUAAGAAAAGCUCAAUUUGUAAAUCCAAAUGCUGAUAAUUGUAUUUUUCAAAAUCUAGGUGGAGAAUUGAUAUUAAGUAAACAAAUGAUAAGAUUUAGUGAAAUCACGAGUACAAAAAGAACUGAAUUUAUUAAAGCAACAUUAAUUAAAAAAACACCUUUAGGCAUUUGGCAUCCAAUUCCUAUAACAUGUGAUGAGGCAGAACUUCAAAAAAGUGAAGGCUCUUUAAAAAAAUCGGAAAUUUUAUCUAUUAUUACCUCUUUAAUUCCUUCUUUAGGUGAUUCAGAUCAAUCGCGCUUUUGUGGUUUAUCAAAUAAGUCCUGUGAAGAAUUAGUAAAUAUUCUUCAAGAAGUCAAAAAUAUAUUAACUGAAAAUAACAUUAGUAUUAGUGAAGAAUAA